GUAACUUGGCCAAAGCACACACUACAAGUAAUCAUGUUUGAUAGCAAUACCCGUCUUGCCCUGCCUGUCUGGGUUAAUGGCGUGCGGGAAGGCUUGAUGCAUGGCCAUGACAUCUUGGAUCGGCGGGGACAAUUCCUCGGCCAGGCUGCUCUGCAGCAGAGUUAGACACCAUGUCAUGGCAUGCCUUGCAGACCGUAUCGUGCAAACAUGCAACGACAUCGCCCUUGUUCAUGCGUCUCGUCUCGUAUGCAAACGCGCCUUGUCCCGCCGCAUCUCACAAACUCCACUUCACGUACGAUCUACGCGUCAAGUCAACAUGCCGCACAACAAUCGAAACCACUCUCUGGCCCAUUUACAGUCGCGCCUUCCGCACUUGGCGUUCAUGUCUCAAAACUAAGUCGGGCGGAGCAAUCAAGGCCAUCAUAUGAUCUCGCGACAAGCUAUCCCAGCUCACAUCCACUGCCAUGCCGUACCAUGCCGCUCCAGCAUGUCUGGUCGAAGCGAGGCAAGGCAAGAGCAUCGAGAUACAGAACUAGGCUUCCAUGCCGAGUCUGGAUUGCUGUACGCGGCGCCAGUCAGUCCAGCCAGCCAGCACUGCCUUCAGUAUUCGGCAAGCUGUGUUCCGUUUGUUUUGAAGUGUUAGGCGGGUUUGGCGAUGGAAAGUUUUAUUUUGCUUUCCCUGUGGAUACGACUUAGAUAGUGGCGGCGGGGAAAAAAGCCACUGUGCUAUGAGCAAGAACCGUAUCGUUAUGGCCGUGCCAUGUUUUCGGGAGCAAGACCAAGAGCUAACACGCCUCCCAUGACUGACUGGCGUCCAUCUCCUCGUGGGGACCCGAUAGCACCACGCGACUGGAGGGCUUUCAAGAAAUUACUCACGAUGUCAACACACUUAUUGAGAUGAUGUUGACA